AUGGAUCGAAGGCCGGCAUCCGUUGUCAAGCAUAAUGCACUGACACAGUACAACCCUUUCGAUGAUUCCUCGAGAUUUCUCACGAAACUUCAAGCAUCCAAUGUCACCCCACGCAACCUCCUCAACUAUCUGAUCCCAAUAUUCCACGGACGUAUGGAAGUUGAUCUGAGUCAAGACCAAAAGGCAGCCCGUGAUACCUUCAUCAGGCUCUACCAGCAUCUCAAAGCGGAAUACAGCGGCCUCGAAUUGGGCGAUACUGAGCAAGAUGAUCCUGACUGGCAGCUCGCUCGGUUCAAAGAUCUACUAAGCCGCUAUUUCUUCCUCGGUGCGUUAAAUGGCAACCGCUACGAAGUGGAGGAGAUGCAGUUUGGUCAGGCCGUUGAUGAACCCGCCGAGGGUAAGGAGGACGGCAUUCUAGAAGUCCCAGUACGAAACACCGAGAGACUGUUCUCUUUGGAUGAAACCCUGGGAUUCCUGAUGCACGAAAUGGUGCACCACUUUCUCAGAGACUUCUCCUGCCGGUGUGUAAGUUGUGCCAAGAACGAGCCCAACACGCUGGGCUACCCCGGUGAUGGACACGGCCCGUUCUUCCAGAUACUCCACCGACUCGUGCUGUCAGCCGUUCGCAAUUGGCAUGAGGACUUCAAGUCCAUCGACAAGGACGACUGCCCGGGCGAGGCCAUUAGCUACUACAGCCACGGUGCGCACCGAAGGCGUCACCACCGUGACCCUGGCAGAGACAAAGACAAGCGCCGCAGAAACUUGACCGAGGACGAGAACUACACGAAUAAGCUCUUCCUCCGCAUCGUGACGAGGAACAGCCAGCGGGUGGUGGAUGUGAAACAGGAGCUACUGACUCGCCAGUAUGCCCUCGAGGAUCGCGUGUGGCUGCGAGCGCAGAGCACGAAGAUGGAUGCUGACGAGUUCGCCAAUAAGUAUAAGCGCAGGCGUACCUUCUCAGAGGAUGGGGUCGGGUCCAUUGUCAUUCCCAUGUCGAAGAAGCCCAAGCCGGAAGAGGAAGCAAAGCAGGAGAAGGGCGAGUCGACAGAAUACAGCGGGAUUCCUCCUAAAUUCAUGGAGAUUGGUAAGCACAUUGAUGGAGACAUGCCCGAGAAGCCAAUCAAGGUCAGGAAGCCUAGCAGCGACUUGGACGCAUAG